AUGGUCGUCUCCCUCCGUUUCUGCAGUCCUUGCACUGGUCACCUUAGGAAAAAAAGAGACCUCAGAGACAGUCACUCAUGGGUUACACAUGCAGGGGCAAUGCCAGUGGUUCUCACCUGGGCAUUUUGUCAAAAUGCAGCUCCGACACCCCACUACCAGAUUCUGGGUGAAAAGUUUGGACCCUUUGCUGGAGAGAAGAGGAUGCCUGAAGACUUGGAUGAAAACAUGGAUUACAGGUUGAUGUGGGAGGUUCGUGGAAGUAAGGGAGAAGUUCUAUACAUUUUAGAUGCUACCAACCCGCGACACUCCAACUGGCUUCGCUUUGUUCAUGAGGCACCAUCUCAGGAGCAGAAGAACUUGGCUGCCAUUCAGGAAGGAGAAAACAUUUUCUAUUUGGCAGUUGAAGAUAUAGAAACAGACACAGAGCUUUUGAUUGGCUACCUGGACAGUGACAUGGAGGCUGAUGAGGAAGAACAGCAGGUUAUGACAGUCAUCAAAGAAGGUGAUGUUGAAAACCCUAAAGGACAACAAACAACUGAAAGAAAAGAUCAUCUUGGCUGUAAAGAGGACUAUGCCUGUCCUCAGUGUGAAUCGAGUUUUACCAGUGAGGAGAUUCUUGCUGAGCAUCUUCAGACCUUGCACCAGAAGCCUACAGAGGAGAAAGAAUUUAAGUGCAACAACUGUGGGAAGAAAUUCCCAGUUAAGCAGGCUUUGCAAAGACAUGUUCUUCAGUGCACAGCGAAAAGCAGUCUGAAGGAUUCUUCACGAAGUUUUCAGUGUUCUGUUUGCAAUUCUUCCUUCAGUUCAGCAUCAAGUUUUGAGCAGCACCAGGAGACUUGCCGGGGGGAUGCCAGGUUUGUGUGCAAGGCUGACAGCUGUGGGAAAAGGCUGAAGAGCAAGGAUGCCCUGAAAAGACACCAGGAAAAUGUCCACACUGGAGAUCCUAAGAAAAAACUCAUAUGUUCAGUGUGCAAUAAAAAGUGUUCUUCAGCAUCAAGCCUACAAGAACAUAGAAAGAUUCAUGAGAUAUUCGAUUGUCAAGAAUGUGUGAAGAAAUUUAUUUCAGCUAAUCAGCUAAAACGUCAUAUGAUCACCCACUCAGAAAAACGACCCUAUAAUUGUGAGAUUUGUAACAAAUCUUUCAAGAGGCUUGAUCAAGUGGGUGCCCACAAAGUAAUACACAGUGAAGAUAAACCUUAUAAAUGCAAGCUUUGUGGAAAGGGAUUUGCCCACAGAAAUGUUUACAAGAAUCAUAAGAAGACUCACUCUGAGGAGAAACCAUUUCAAUGUGAGGAAUGUAAAGCUUUGUUCCGGACCCCAUUUUCUUUGCAGAGACACCUGCUAAUACAUAACAGUGAGAGGACUUUCAAGUGUCAUCACUGCGAUGCUACCUUUAAAAGAAAGGAUACGUUAAAUGUUCAUGUUCAGGUGGUCCAUGAAAGACACAAGAAAUACAGGUGUGAGCUAUGUAACAAGGCAUUUGUUACACCUUCAGUGCUUAGAAGUCAUAAGAAAACACAUACAGGAGAAAAGGAGAAAAUCUGCCCAUAUUGUGGCCAGAAAUUUGCCAGCAGUGGUACCCUGAGAGUUCACAUCCGGAGCCACACAGGUGAGCGUCCCUACCAAUGCCCUUACUGUGGAAAAGGAUUCAGUAAGAAUGACGGGCUGAAGAUGCACAUUCGUACUCAUACCAGGGAGAAGCCGUACAAGUGCUCAGAGUGCAGCAAGGCCUUCAGCCAGAAGCGGGGCCUGGAUGAGCACAAGAGGACACACACCGGAGAAAAGCCCUUUCAGUGUGACGUAAGUUUUGGAUUCUCUUUUCUUUGCAUGGUGUCCUUAAAAACCAGGAG